AGGAGCUCGAUGCUCCAAUCGGGGUUGCGUCGCUUGCAUUCGCCGUCGACCUGUCCGAUUGGGGUAAAGACAACAAGUGCCCCUCGAUUUUUCGGGUGCCCCACAUCGCGACCAUCAAGAUUAUUAUCGACUACAACUACCAGCAACUCCCCAUCCCCAGCUCUGUUACUCCUUUCACACCAAUCACAACGACGCACAUACACAAUGGCUGCCAAAGGAAACCUCGAACUUCUCCUCCUUGAGAACCCUCUGCUGGACAUCCAGGGUGUCGGUGAUGAGAAGCUCCUCGAGAAGUACGGCCUGAAGGCCAACGAUGCCAUUCUCGCCGAAGAGAAGCAUCUCGGCAUCUUCGAGGACCUCAUCCAGAACUACGACGCAAAGCUCAUCGCUGGAGGAGCCGCCCAGAACACCGCCCGCGGUGCUCAGUACAUCCUCGCCCCCAACUCCACCGUCUACCUUGGAUGCAUCGGCAAGGACAAGUACGGACAGACCCUCGAGGACAUCUGCGCUAAGGCAGGCGUCCGCACCGAGUACCGCUACGACGAGAAGACCCCCACCGGCCGCUGCGGUGUCGUCAUCACCGGCCACAACAGGAGCUUGUGCACCGACCUCGCGGCCGCCAACCUCUACAACAUCGACCACUUGAAGCAGCCCGAGAUCUGGAAGCUCGUCGAGAACGCCAAGUUCUUCUACGUCGGCGGAUUCCACUUGACCGUCUGCGUGCCCGCCAUCCUCGCCCUCGCCGAGGAGGCCGCCGCUAAGAACAAGCCCUUCAUCCUCAACCUCUCCGCACCCUUCAUCCCUCAAUUCUUCAAGGACCCUCUCGACCAGGUCCUCCCCUACGUCGACAUCCUCAUCGCCAACGAGACCGAAGCGGCCGCGUACGCCGAGUCCCACGGCCUCGCCACCAAGGACGUCAAGGAGAUCGCCAAAUCCAUCGCCAGCCUCCCCAAGAAGAACACCCAGGCUCCCCGCACCGUCAUCUUCACCCAGGGCACCGACCCCACCAUCGCCGUCGUCGCCGGCAAGGACGGCGCCGAGCCAACCGUCAAGGAGCAGGCCGUCCACGCCAUCGACGCCUCCAAGAUCAACGACACCAACGGUGCGGGCGACGCCUUCGCAGGCGGCUUCGUCGCCGGUAUCGUCCAGGGCAAGAGCCUCGAGACCGCUAUCGAUAUGGGACAGUGGCUUGCUAGGCUUAGCAUCCAGGAGUUGGGUCCUUCGUACCCUCAACCCGUCCAGACCUACUCCCUCAGCAACUAAAUACCCAAUCCCUAAAUGAAAAGGGGAAGAAAAGUUUUAACAAAAGAGAGAGCGUAAAACGCUCGUUUCGUAUUUUCAACAAUCUACGAGGAUGACGGGAGAGCCGUGGAGGGGACUGGACUGGACUGGACAGCCCUAGGAUCUCACGUUCAAGCAUAGGGGAGAAAAUUGGGUGUUUCUGGCGCUUUUUUCUUUGGGUGGAUGGCAUGGAAUAAAGGAGUGCCCAUGUUUCAACAAUUACUGGCAAUCUCCCCCUCUCGAAAGGGGGAGAGAAGAUGAUUAUAUCACGACGACGACGGACUUCGGAAGGAAGUAUUCAACAAACGAGGGAUAGAGGAAUGCAAAUGACAGAAUAAAGGCUUGAAUAAAGUACCUAGAUAUCAAAUCAAAAACGAUGAAUUGAUAC